AUGAGGACGCUAUCUAUUCUUUCGGCACUGCUGUUAUUACAGUCCUGCGCAGCUGGGCCAAGUCAACACUCUGCUGAGAAGGACCAAACUGCUCUCGGCGGCGAUGCCGAUAAUAACGAACCCCCAUUGUUCACCGGGGAACCACAACCCCGACCUAUGACCCAAAGAGUCGAAAAAGCUUGGAACACACUCCGCAACUCUAAACCCGCAAUCCCGGCAACAGACAAGUCAACCGGCCUCCUUGGAACAGCUAUAUACUACGGCCGUCAAACAUUCCGCCUCCUCUUCCUCAACGGUCCAGCAACCGAUAAACCCCAUCGGAAACUCGAUGCAAAUAUCGCCAGCGCCGUAGCCGAGCUGCGCGCCGCAGCUGACGAUGAUCAUGACCCAGACGCGAUGUUCCUCCUCGCCGAGAUGAACUUCUACGGCAACUUCUCCCACCCGCGUGACUUUAAAGAAUCAUUUCAUUGGUACCACGAUCUCGCUUGGCUGGAUGGGAAUAAUACAGCUCAGAAUAUGGUUGGAUUCAUGUACGCUACGGGUGUUGGUGGUGCUGUUGAACGUGACCAAGCCAAGGCUCUUAUGUAUCAUGAAUUCGCUGCUGAGACAGGAAAUACGCGCUCUGAGAUGACACUCGCGUACCGGUAUCAUACUGGUAUCGGCACACCGAAGGAUUGUGACCAUGCGCUUGUUUAUUAUAAGCGUGUUGCUGAUAAGGCUAUUGAGUUUUACCGUUCUGGUCCCCCUGGUGGUAAUGCGCUCAUCCGUGAGUCUUAUCGCUGGGCCGAGGAGGACGGUGGGGUUUAUGGUGCUGGCGCUAGUGUGUCGAGUUCUGGGCAGAAUGCCCGUGAUGCUGCUCAGGCGAGUCCUGAGGCCAGUGUCGAGGAUAUCCUUGAGUAUUUGGAUCUCAUGUCGAGGAAGGGUGAGCUGAAGGCCACUUAUACCCUUGGCAAGAUGAACUUCGAGGGUGCCAGGGGAUUGCCGCGCAAUUUCCGCCGUGCUAUCAAGUAUUUUAAGGCUGUUACUAAGAAAUAUUGGAAUAAGGAUGGGACUGUUAACCAGAAUGCUCCGGCUGGGCUUGAUAAGCUGGCUUCGAAAGCUGCUGGGCAUAUUGGUCUAAUGUACCUCCGUGGAGAAGGAGUUGAGCAGAACUACGGUACUGCUCUCACUUGGUUCCGCCGUGGUGUUGCGAACGGCGACUCUCUGUGUCAGCAUUGGAUGGGCCUGGUGUAUCUCAAUGGAUACGGGGUUCCCCAGGAUGGAUUCAAAGCUGCGAGUUACUUUAAGGUUGCGGCAGACCAGGACCUCCCGGCGUCGGAGUCGCGAUUGGGUGCAUUGUUCCUCGAUCAAGGCGAUGUGGCUACUGCCACACGCUACUUCGAGCUCGCGGCCCGCUGGGGUUGGAUGGAAGCGUACUACUACCUUGCAGAGAUGGCGAACUUCGGCGUUGGCAGACAACGGCACUGUGGUGUGGCCGCCGCUUAUUACAAGAUGGUCGCUGAAAAGGCAGAGAUCAUUCACUCAGCCUUUAUGGAGUCGAACUCUGCUUACGAGUCCGGUGACAAGGAGGGGGCUCUCAUCCCGGCGAUGAUGGCCGCUGAGCAGGGCUACGAGAAUGCCCAAGCAAAUGUGGCUUACCUGCUUGAUGAGCAGCGAUCCUUGCUCUCGCUUAAUUCCAUUCUCCCAUGGGCUGAAAAGACUCGGUCUUCAUUACUACGCAAUGCAGCUCUGGCUUUGAUCUAUUGGACUCGUUCAUCGAAGCAGGCUAACAUCGACUCGCUGGUUAAGAUGGGUGACUACUACCUGUCCGGUACAGGUACCGUUGUCGACGCGGAGAAGGCCUCGGCUUGCUAUCACAAUGCUGCCGAGGCACACCACAGCGCACAGGGCUACUGGAAUCUGGGCUGGAUGCACGAGAACGGCGUGGCGGUGGAUCAGGACUUCCACAUGGCCAAGCGAUACUAUGACCUGGCUCUCGAUGUGAGCCCUGAAUCAUAUUUGCCGGUCAAGCUCAGUUUGCUCAAGCUCCGCGUCCGAGGAUACUGGGAUCGCAUUACCAAUGGAAAUAUUAAUCCCAUUCGCGAUGAGGAGGACUCGAGAACUCCCCGCACUUUCAAGGAGUGGAUCACGACCUUCAUUCGCAAUGACGAGGAAAGUUAUUACGAUGAUCUUUACGAACAGCGUGGGGAGGACGAUGAAUACCGUGGCCUUGAUGCUGAUAGUCACGAGGAUGGCUACUAUGACGAUCUAGAUCUCGACCUUGACGAAGGAAUGCUAGAAGGGUUACUUAUUGUCGGAUUGGCCGCUACCCUGUUGGUGUUAGUGUAUGUUCGUCAACAGCAGCAACAGCGUAACCGGCAGAACGAGAACGCCAAUGCCAAUGCCAAUGGUCAAGUCAACGCCAACGGCAAUGCCCCAGGGAAUGGAGACCGUGGCUUUUUCCCACGUCCCGAAGAUCCUGAAUUUGGACAGUGGGUGGCAGGCGGAGUUGGGCAUUGA